AUGUUCCCCGCUCCGGAAGACAAUGUGGUACGCACCUACCUUUUCGACAAGUUCGAACGACUGGGGACCUUGACUCUCGCAGAGAUCUACUACCGCUACGCCCAUAAUGUCGACCUCGCUGAUGCUCCUCAACACAUCCAGCACUUUGCUGGCUGGGUUCGUCGGCGAAUGGGAGAUAGCACUCGGUGGUUUGAGGAGGUUCGACGGCUACGCAGCUCUGAACGACUGGAGAUUCUCGAGGAGAUAUUCGGUGAAGUGGAUUUCUGCUCCGAUGGGCGCAUCUGCCGAUAUCUGUUCUACAAUAUCGAUGAUGUUUUCUAUUGCCACGAGACGGGCCUGAAAGUAGUGGUUGAGGAUGGCCGCCUGCAUGCCCUUUUCGCUGACAGUGUCAUCCUCACUGGGGCCUAUCCGCAGCUGCAGAGAUGCUCUGACUGUCUCGGUCACGCCAACCCAAGCCUAAAUAUCCUCGAAAUCGGCUCUGUCCAUUCUUGGACCUCGAGGGAUGGAACUCGGCCCAGUACCCAAGGACUUCCAUCCCACGUUGCCCACUUCGAUGAAGCAUCUCUACCUCCCAAUUCCCGUGCGAUAGUGUACCUUGGGGAUGGGGAACCUCCGAUCAACAUGGACGAGCAUCGCCUGAAGCAGAUGCAGCGUAUGGUCCGAAACAUCAGUAGUGUGGUGUGGAUCACUAGCUGCGGUCUCAUUCAGGGGCUGCUUCUGGAUCAGUCGACUGGUGCCGAGCUCCAACGUCCAGGAUCAACGACUCAUGCGGAGAUGGACAAUCCUUUGCGUGACGACUGCGUUGAGGUCAAGGUCACUGCACUCAAGUUAAACUGGAAGGAUAUGGCCGUCUCCGCCUGUCUCAACCGUCUGACACGACCGGGUCUAUGGAUUCGGGCACGGUCAUCAUCUUGGCAAUUAUCCCCGCGUGCCUGCUGCAUUCGCUCAGUGCUUGCGGACGGGGACAACUUUGGACAGAUGGCCUCCAUGCCACAGGUGUACAUGACGGCCAUUUACGUGUUUGAGCAUGUCACCCAAGUCCGCCGUGGUGAGAAGGUACUGGUCCAGUCCGCCACUUGGGGUUUGGGACUCUGUGCCAUGCAGCUGGCCCGCUCUAUGGGUGUGGAAAUCUUCUGUACCGUGGGUACCCCCGACAAGACCCUGUAUUUCACUGAGAAGAUGGGUAUCUCAUGCUUCCCGAAUAUUCUCGUCUCCAAACUCCGUGGAUAUUCCGCGUUUGAUGGAGGCCAUUGGUAG